AUGUCAUCCCAGAUACUCUAUCCACAUAAGAGGUUGUUUAAGGUCGUCCACCCUUUCUACACACCUGCUCAUCCAUUCCGACACACGCCCAUACCCAUGCGAGUACUGCGGGAAACGCUUCCAUCAGAAGAGCGACAUGAAGAAGCACACCUACAUCCAUACAGCCUUUCGCAUGUGAUGUAUGUGGACGAACAUUUCAAAGAAAAGUGGAUCGAAGGCGGCACAGGGAAACACAUCAUCCUGGUCAGCUCGAGGAUAUCGACAGUGAGUCAUUAA